GUACGGAGUUACGGACUACGGAGACCAUUUUACGGUGUGUCUUAUAAACAUAACCCCAGCAACAUCUCCGUGCCGAGUCAAACUAAAGGGGUCGGUCAACAUCUCCUCCCACUGAUAACUCAAUCACCCUCACCGGAGAAUCGCCAAACCCAAAUCAACUCACCAUGACGCGGCGACACGUCCGAUUCGCCGCCACAACUACCAUCCUCCUACUCAUUCUCCUCAUAUCCAUAUUUCCCGCCGUCAAUUCUACAUCCAUCCUCACCAACCACCGCCCUCCACCUCUAAUCUUACCUCUCACUCUCUCUCAUCGAAUUCCCGACGCUAAACUCCGGCGUCACCUUCAAUCUAAACGCACCCCUCCUACUGCUCGCAUGAAUCUUUUCGACGAUCUCCUCUCUAACGGGUAUUAUACGACGAGGCUUUACAUCGGAACUCCGGCACAAGAGUUUGCGUUGAUUGUAGAUACAGGGAGUACUGUUACGUAUGUGCCUUGUUCUAGUUGUGAUCAUUGUGGUAAUCAUCAGGACCCGAAAUUCCAACCAGAUCAUUCAAACACCUAUCAUCCUGUAAAAUGCAACCCUGACUGUACAUGUAAUGCUGAGAAUGCUCAGUGUGCUUAUGAGAGACGGUAUGCUGAAAUGAGUUCCAGCAGUGGCGUCCUUGGUGAAGAUAUUGUGUCAUUUGGCAAUAAGAGCGAGCUUAAACCCCAACGUGCUGUUUUUGGUUGUGAAAAUUCAGAAACUGGUGACCUGUACAGUCAGCAUGCUGAUGGUAUAAUGGGUCUGGGUCGAGGUGAACUGAGUAUUGUUGAUCAACUUGUUGAUAAAGGUGUAAUCAGUGAUUCCUUUUCGCUUUGUUAUGGAGGAAUGGGCAUAGGCGGGGGUGCUAUGAUUCUUGGUUCUGUAUCACCCCCUUCUGACAUGGUCUUCAGCCAUUCUGACCCCGACCGCAGUCCAUAUUACAACAUUGAGCUGAAGGAGUUACAUGUUGCUGGAAAGAAGCUGCCUGUUGAUCCAAAGGUUUUUGAUGGAAAACAUGGAACUGUUCUGGAUAGUGGUACAACGUACGCCUACUUACCAGAAGGAGCAUUUGUUGCUUUUAUUCAUGCUUUAACUAAUGAGCUCCAUGGGCUUAAGCAAAUUCGUGGGCCUGAUCCCAAUUAUAAUGAUAUCUGCUUUUCUGGUGCUGGAAGUGAAUCGUCAGAACUUUCAAAGGCUUUCCCUACAGUUGAUAUGGUUUUUGAAAAUGGUCAAAAGUAUUCAAUGUCACCGGAAAACUAUUUAUUCAAGCAUUCGAAGGUGCAUGGUGCAUAUUGCCUUGGAGUCUUUCAAAAUGGAAAAGAUCCCACAACUCUUUUAGGAGGAAUCGUUGUCCGUAAUACUCUUGUCACAUAUGAUCGUGAACGCUUGAAAGUUGGAUUUUGGAAGACAAAUUGCUCCGAGUUAUGGGAGAGACUUCAUGUGUCUAACACUUCAUUAACACAUGCACCCACACCAUCAAGUGGGGAGGUUUCGACUCCAGGAAUGUCUCCAGCAUCAACACCUAAUGCAGUACCAAGUUAUGUUAUUCCAGGAGGGAUAAAAGUUGGAUUCAUAACAUUUGAAAUGUCUUUGAGCGUCAAAGAUUUGGACUUGAAGCCUCGUGUAUCAGAACUAUAUGGUUUUAUUGCUCGAGAGUUGGGCAUCAAUAUUACACAGGUACAUUUACUAAAUUUGACUUCAUCCGGGAAUGGUUCCCUGAUAACGUGGGCCAUUUAUCCUGAAGGAUCUGCCAAGUAUAUCUCAAACGCAACUGCAAUGCGUAUAAUUGCUCAUUUAGCAAAAAGUAAUGUCCAACUUCCGGAAACCUUUGGCAGUUAUAAGUUGGUUAAUUGGAAGGUUGAGCCACCUUUGAAACGGAGUUGGUGGCAACAACAUUACUUGAUCGUUGUUAUGGCAGUUAUUCUUGCAUUGACGUCGGGGUUAUCUGUUUAUGGGAUUUGGUUCGUUUGGAAAUGGAGGCAGCAAACAACAGCACAAUACAAGCCUGUUGACAGCGAUGCUAUUAUUCCCGAGCAAGAACUACAGCCAUUGCGAUAGUGACCAAAUAUGACCUAUUUUACUUCUGAGAGUUUGUUUGGAGCAUUUUGUUAUUUAGGAACCCUGUUUACAAGCCCUUUUUAUGCCAAAUUUAUAAGGGAAGUGUCCUUGAUUAAGAAGAGUAGCCUAUAAAAGUUUUAGACUUUUGCCCAUCUUUAUUUUGUAGAUAAAUUCUUAAUUUCUGAUACAUGAUGAAAUCAACAACCUAUAGAAUGGUUUUUAUGACGUUUUUUGAAAA